CUUUUGUUGUGAAAGAGCUGUACCGGAAGUCGUCACUGGGAGCGGAAGCGGUUCGCGCAUGCGUGGUUGAUCCCUUGGAGCAGAGAGAUUCCAGCAUGGCCGCUAUCGGGGUUCAUUUCGGGUACACAUGCGCCUGUGUGGCGAUAUUUAAGGAUGGGCGGGCUGACGUGGUGGCCAACGAUGCAGGAGACAGAGUUACUCCGGCGGUGGUGGGCUACAGAGCCACCGAGCAGAUUGUUGGCAUCGCAGCAAAGCAAGGACGAGUCCGCAACGCCGCCAACACAGUUGUUAAAGUGAAGCAAGUGCUGGGUAGAAGCUUUGAUGAUCCAGAGACACAAACUCACAAAACAGAGACCAAGUGUCAGGUGGUGAACAAAAAGGAUAAGCCUUAUUAUGAGAUCACAGCAGGAGACCACCCGGAGUAUGUCGCUCCAGAGGACGUCGCAAAACUCAUCUUACACAAAAUGAAAGAAACGGCUCAGUCCGCUCUGGGCUCCGAUGUAAAUGAAGCGGUCAUUACCGUCCCUUUUGAGUUUGGACAUGCUCAGAAGCGUGCUCUGAGGGAGGCAGCAGAAGCUGCAGGGUUCCAUGUCCUGAGGCUGAUCCACGAGCCUGCUGCUGCUCUGCUGGCCUACAACAUCGGCCAAGAAAACCACUCUGGAAAGAGCCACGUCCUGGUGUUUAAGUUGGGCGGGACGUCGUUGAGCGUGACGGUGCUGCAGGUCAACGGAGGAAUGUUCCAGGUUCUCAACACCCACACAGACCACAGCAUCGGAGGAGAGAGCUUCACCGAGGCUUUGGCCCAGUACUUGGCGGCCGAGUUCAAACGCACCUUUAAGCACGAUGUGAGCUGCAACGCCCGGGCCAUGAUGAAGCUGAUGAAUGGAGCCGACAUGGCCAAACACUCUCUGUCCUCGCUGGAAUCCGCCAACUGCUUCGUCGACUCCUUGCACGAUGGCAUUGACUUUGAUUGCAACAUCUCGAGAGCUCGAUUCGAGCUGCUCUGCUCAUCACUCUUCAACAAGAGCAUCCAGCCAAUCAAAAGACUGCUGGAGGAGGCAGGGCUCUCCACCAGCAACAUCAACAAGGUGGUUCUUUGCGGCGGCUCGGCCAGGAUCCCCCGCCUCCAGCAGAUGAUCCGCGACAUGUUUUCUGACGUGGAGCUUCUGAGCUCGGCGCCUCCUGAUGAGGUCAUUGCGGUGGGAGCAGCGCUGCAAGCAGGCUUACUGGUCGGCAGAGAGAGACUCGCCCCCGAGGAAGAGUCCGUCACAGUGGACGUUUCUGCCACAGACAUACUUGUGAAGGAAGUGGAUGAAUCCGGAGCGGAGCAGUUCACUGUUCUUCUUCCAUCCGGCACGCCGCUCCCCGCCCGCAGACAUCACAUCCUGAGCGCAGGGGGGAAACUGUCCUCCCUCUGUCUGGAGAUCUACAAGAGAUUGGUCACGGAGCAGCCGGAAAAACUAGCUAAGAUUAUCUUGAGAGACCUGCAGCCCACAGAGGAGAACCACGACAUCGACACCGUGGUGACCAUGAAAAGGGACGGCUCCCUCCAUGUUUCCUGUGUAGAGCAGAGCACUGGCCGCUCCGAGGUCGUCUCCAUAGCGGCUUCCUCCUGAAGCCACUGAACUGCAGUCCAAGCACACACAUUAUUACAGUGUCGCUGCGACGUGUUUCUUUUCUAUUUUCCCUCAAUAAACAUGAUAAAAAGCCCAA